GGGACACAAUGGGGUCUAGGAGUUGGGCUGGGCAGGGGCAGAAAUCCAGCCUACAGUAGCCUUCUGCUGCUGAGCGCCAUUAGAACAGGUCAGUGCACCUCCUCGGACCUCAGGGCUAGCCCCUCCCCAGGUACUCUCCCGAAGCGCCAGAUCUCCCUUCUCGAAAUCCGGGACUCUCCCUGCUGAACUAAUUUUGGGGACCGGGGACUGGAGAUGGCCUGAAAGCGCUUGCCCCGCCCCACACCCCGCCACCAAGCACUGAAAGCCACAGCUUGUUUCCCGGGCGCCCGGCAUACCGGGUGGACCCCGCUCCCGGAGUCGAGCUGAGCUAGAGGGAAUAGGGGGGAUGAGCUCCCCGUGAACUGGGGGUGGAGGGCCGGGCCGCCACCCCUCCAUCCACAGGUGCCAGUCACUGGAGCUAUGGACUCGGACGUCUGGGUCGGCUCCUGGCGCCCUCACAGACCCCGCGGGCCGAUUGCUGCGCUUUCCCGAGGCCCUGGCCCCAAGUACCAGCUACCGCCCAACACUGGCUACAUCCUCCACGACCCGUCGCGCCCCCGCGCCCCCGCCUACACCUUCGGGGCGCGCCUCCCCGCCCAGCAGCAGACCUGCGGCCCGGGGCCCGGCCACCUGGUGCCUGCGCGCAUGACCGUGCGCGGUCCGGACGGCGCCCCCUCCUACUCCAUCUACGGCCGCCCGCGCGACACGGCGCGCUUCCUCACGCCCGGACCGGGCAGAUACUUCCCAGAGCGAGCCGGGAACCUGGCGUACCCCAGCGCGCCUCGGCACACCAUCGCUUCCCGAAACUGGGGCGCCCAAUCGGAGCAGAAAAGCCCAGGCCCCGCGACCUACACGGUGCCCUCCCUCCUGGGCUCCCGCGUCAUCAGUAAAGGGUCAGCGCCAACGUACUCCAUCUAUGGCCGCAGGGCCGCGGGCGCCUUCUUCGAGGACCUCAGCAAGACCCCGGGGCCCUGUGCCUACCACAUGGUGAGCCCCACGGUCUACAAGUCCCGGGCUCCCCAGUUCACGAUGCUGGCGCGCACUUCUAUGCCAGAAGACUACACCCUGAAUCCAGGGCCCGCGGCCUACAAUGUGGACAAGUACCGGAAGCCGGGUGGCUGGAGCUUCGGGAUCCGGCACUCGGACUACUUGGCCCCGAUCUUAACCGACAUGGACUAUUGACCCGCGUGGCGACCACAGCCCCAUCGAAGCCUGCUUAAAGCGUCCCCACGCA